UUUUUCCUCCGUCUCCCUCGUCCCUUCAUCCCCAGUCCGCUUGGCUUGUCUCGGCGGCUGGUCGGGUGUUGCGAGCGCGGAUCUCGCGAGUGUUGGAGUUUGGGUGAGAGUUUGUGGAAGAUGGCGCCUGUUGUGACAGGGAAGUUCGGGGAGCGCCCUCAACCACAGCGCCUGACAAGAGAAGCGAUGAGAAAUUAUCUGAAAGAGCGAGGAGACCAAACCGUUCUGAUCCUCCAUGCUAAAGUUGCACAGAAAUCCUACGGCAAUGAAAAAAGGUUCUUUUGCCCUCCUCCCUGUGUGUAUCUGAUGGGCUGUGGCUGGAAGAAAAAGAGGGAACAGAUGGAGAGAGAUGGCUGCUCAGAGCAGGAGUCACAGCCAUGCGCCUUCAUAGGUAUCGGGAACAGCGACCAGGAGAUGCAACAACUCAACCUGGAGGGAAAGAAUUACUGCACAGCCAAAACGUUGUACAUUUCGGACUCGGACAAGCGCAAGCACUUCAUGUUGUCGGUGCGCAUGCUGUACGGCAACAGCGCCAACAUCGGCGUCUUCCUCAGCAAGCGCAUCAAGGUCAUCUCCAAGCCUUCCAAAAAGAAGCAGUCGCUCAAGAACGCUGACCUGUGUAUAGCGUCUGGAACAAAAGUGGCACUGUUUAACAGACUGCGUUCUCAGACAGUCAGCACACGCUACCUCCAUGUGGAGGGCGGGAACUUUCACGCCAGCUCACAACAAUGGGGAGCCUUCUAUAUUCACCUCUUGGAUGAUGAAGAAUCCGAGGGAGAGGAAUUCACCGUGCGGGAUGGUUACAUUCACUACGGCCAAACUGUCAAACUUGUCUGCUCUGUCACGGGAAUGGCCCUGCCACGACUGAUCAUCCGUAAGGUGGAUAAGCAGACGGCCUUGCUGGAUGCAGAUGACCCCGUGUCUCAGCUGCAUAAGUGUGCCUUCUACCUAAAGGAUACAGAGAGGAUGUACCUGUGCCUUUCCCAAGAAAGGAUCAUCCAGUUUCAAGCCACUCCAUGCCCGAAAGAACCAAAUAAAGAGAUGAUCAACGACGGUGCCUCUUGGACAAUCAUUAGCACAGAUAAAGCAGAAUACACCUUCUACGAGGGAAUGGGUCCAGUUCACUCGUCUGUCACCCCUGUGCCUGUGGUUGAAAGCUUACAGUUGAACGGCGGAGGAGACGUAGCGAUGCUGGAGCUAACAGGGCAGAACUUUGCUCCAAACCUGCGUGUGUGGUUUGGGGAAGUGGAAGCUGAGACUAUGUACAGGUGUGGAGAAAGCAUGCUGUGUGUUGUACCGGACAUUUCAGCAUUCCGUGAGGGUUGGCGGUGGGUGAGACAGCCGGUGCAGGUUCCUGUAACACUGGUGCGGAACGACGGCAUCAUCUACUCCACCACACUGAUGUUCACGUACACUCCGGAGCCGGGCCCGAGGCCUCACUGCAGCGCGGCCGGGGCCAUCCUGCGCUCGGCUAAUAACACCUCCAACACUGACACACCAAAUUCAGUCACGGCAAACUCCUCCAACGCCACAGCCGCCGUGGUCUCGUAACACACGUGGUGUUACCAAACAAGAACUUAGUACGCGGUUGGAGAAAAAAAAACAGAAAAAAAACUCCAGGUACAUUUCAACAAAGUGCUGCAUAUAGAGUUCAAAAAAUGAUUUCAAGAACAAUUUUAUUUAGGCACCGUCAACACAAAAGUCGAGGAAUACGGCGAAAGAAAAGAAAAGAGGGGAAAAUGAGGAGGUAAAGGAGGUGAUGAGAUGUUUGCUCUUGGUGAUGGACGUGGCCGUGAGAACACCUGAACCUGUCAAGAUACAGAAGAAGAGAACAUCAGACAAUAGCAAUGAUGCAUUUAAGCAAGAAGUCUCUACUCCACCUUAAUUUAAGCCCCACCCCCACAAAAAAAAAAAUACACACACACCCAAUUUGUGCUUGUGUGAAAGAGUGAAAUCUCCUGUGGCUCGAUCUGGACGUUAUGAGACGAGGGUCAGGUUCAUUUGUAAAUGAAACGUAGUUUUUAUGGACCAAGGUUAUUGUAUAAGCUUUAGUAAAGGUACAUUUUUCCUCCAUACUUUUUUUUUUUUUUUUGUAUCUAAACAGUAGUACGCUUUUGUUACCAAAUAGUUUCUUUUCCGACUUUUUACACUUUUUCAGUCAUUAGGGAUGUGGGCAUAGCAGGGCGCUGUGGCCCAUUCUUGAUUUUGUGUAUAGCUUUUUUUUUAAUCUAUAUACGUAUAGAUUUCUUUAUACGUAUUUCCUUUUUUUCACAUUUGCUCAGAAUUUUUGAUAUGGGACUUUCUUUUCUUUCUGUUCUUUUUUUUUUUUACUUUGAAGUUGUUUUGCUUUUCGGAAGAAAGUCAGAGGGUCUAUUUUUUAUUAUUGAUUUUUACAAAUUCUCUGAAAAGAACAAAAAAGCUUUAAGCAACGCCUCUGCCUUGUCUGCAAUAUGAUGUGUAUAUGCUUCCUUUAAGGAUUUUAUAUUAGUGUGUUUAGGUAUCGCAGGAGGUACAGUGACCUCCCUCUUCCUCCUGUUCAAACCAGUGAAACCAGAACGCACCGUUCGCAAUACAGAGGCGUGGGACGUGCGCGGCCGCUGAAACGUAGCCAUUCAGUACUGAGCGUUUCAAGCGCGCACGCGGUGCACGAUGUCCCGAAGCAGCCUGCUGCGUUCGUGUGCUGUUACUAUCAAAGUGUCAUAAGUCUGGAUGGACAGAUUUUCUAUCGCUUGUGGUCUGAAAUCAUGCUGUCUCCUACAAAACUAAACAAAAAAAGUUUUUUUUUUUUUUUACAUUUCUUUGUCUUCCUAAUUUUGCUAAAAUGUUUUUAAUUUUUUUGGUUACAAAAAGACUGGAUUAUUCGAAUAAAUAAUAUUCUUCCA